AAGAUAUACAAAAAAAUCUCACCAAAGUGCUAUUUGUAGACAAAUAAAAAGAAGGAAAAAAAAAAAAAUAAAAAUCAAGUCGAAUGUCUUUUGAGGCCGUGAUCCAAAAUUAGAAUAUGCCUGAACGGAUUAUUUUUGGCGGGCAUAAUAAACAACAUCAACCGAAACAGCAACAACAACAACACAUUAGCGGUGUUCUUGAAAAUUUUCAUUUCUAUACACAGGAGCAGUAGCAGCCGCAACAACCUCGACGAUUUAGUUUGAGUUUUCUCGUUUAUAGAAAUGCAACAAGCUGCAAACUACAUUAAUAGCCCUGAGGUAUUAAGAGAGCAGCUAAAUAGUGCAACAUAAAUCAAUAAAAAUACAUAAAAACAAAAUAAACUCUAAAGAGAGAGAAAUAUCGAAGUUAUUUCAAUAAAAAAAUAACGGUGUAAAGAGUAUUAUAGUUAAGACAUCAACCACAGUAAUUAUUAUUAUUAUUUUUUUAGCCGUGUGGUGAAUAAAAAUUUAAAUUUGUAUUUCGUGAUAAUUAAAAAUUUAUUUUAAUUAUUAUUUUAUAUAUUCGCAACGAAAAAGCGAUUGACACAGUGAAAAAAGAAAAAAUAAACGUAUAAUUAAUACAAAAUGAGUGGAAGAGACAAUCGCCCAAGUGGGCAAAUAACAAGCGCAAUGGGGAAAAUCAAGGAUAAACUGAUGCGAUCGGUUGGUGACCAGGAUGAUCAAUUCGCUGGUUACGAACGUGUCCAAGGCGGUACUCUAUCAACAUCAACAACAGCCACAAGUUUGGACACAAUCCUUGUCGAUGAUACAUUCUCAUUCCAAGAACAAAGAAACAAGAGUCCAACAUUGCAAUUUGCACCGAUUUUUGAAGGUGAUGAUAUCAAUGAACCACCAACAUCGGCGGCGGUGGGUCAACAACAACAACAACAACAACAAAAGACUGGUAGUCAAAAGAAGCUAACAGGAAGUUCAACAGAACUUCAACCACUACCACCUCCGCCACAAUCGACACAUGGACAUAGUCAUCAUCAUCGUGGAGCUGUUUCCGAUGCUGAUCUAAAUCGCAGUAAGACUUCACUAAAAGGUUCAAAAGUGUCCUUUGAGAAGAAGAACGAAAGCAGUGAUGAAGAUAGCUUCGAAGAUAGACGGGAUAGGUUCCAACAGCAAAAGACUGUCAGUGUUGAUCAUAAGGGUAUUUUGAAGGACCUUAAAAACAUCCUGGCCAAUGACAAUCGCAGACAAUUUCAAGCCAAAAAACAUGUCUCCCUAGACAUUAGGGGUACGACAUUCUUGGAAGAUCUCCUGCGUGAUUCCUCAUCCGAAGAGGAUUUCCGAAAAACCCGCAAAGACUUCCAAGGUCGCAAACAUCAAAGUCUUGAUCCAAGAGUUAGUUUGAAACUCAAAGGAAAUUUAGCCAGUGGCUCAAGUACAGAUAGUGAAGAAGAAAGUGCACCUGAACAGAAACGUCUUAUUAAACGUUACAAGGAUAUCACAAAACCAGUGAUUAUUGAUUUUAAAGAUUUGGAAAGUGACGACGAGGAUUAUAUUUCAGCUAGACAAGCUUUCCAAGCACAACGAGCAGCUAGUAUUGAUAGUAGAAAAAAUAGCUGCCGAUUAUAUGAAAUGGAUGAAAUGGGUAGCAAAAAAAGUGAAAAUCUUCGGCAUUCGGUACCAUUUGUUAGACAAAUUACAGAAGAUGGUAAACCAAAACUUGAAGUUUAUCGACCAACAACGAAUCCUAUUUAUAUUUGGACUCAGGUUCUGGCAGCUUUGACAGUAUCGUUAGGUUCUAUGGUCGUUGGUUUUUCGUCAGCUUAUACCUCACCUGCUUUAGUGUCCAUGACUAAUCCAAAUUUGACAUCAUUUGAAGUUACUCCUCAAGCUGCAUCAUGGGUUGGUGGUGUAAUGCCAUUGGCUGGUUUAGCUGGAGGUAUUGCUGGUGGACCAUUUAUUGAAUAUGUUGGCCGUAGAAAUACAAUCCUUAUGACAGCUGUGCCAUUCAUUAUCGCAUGGCUCUUGAUUGCAUGCGCUGUUAAUGUUGGUUUAGUUUUGGCCGGUCGUGCUCUGUCCGGUUUUUGUGUUGGUGUUGCUUCCUUAUCGCUGCCCGUUUACUUGGGUGAAACUGUUCAACCAGAAGUUCGUGGUACAUUGGGUUUAUUGCCAACUGCUUUUGGUAAUAUUGGAAUUUUGGUAUGCUUCAUUGCUGGUACUUAUAUGAAUUGGUCAAGUUUGGCAUUCCUCGGUGGAGCUUUACCAAUUCCUUUCCUCAUUUUGAUGUUUUUGAUUCCUGAAACUCCACGCUGGUAUGUGUCAAAGAAUCGUGAAGAACGUGCUCGCAAGGCACUUAAAUGGUUGAGAGGUAAACAAGCUGAUGUUGAGCCAGAAUUAAAGGGUCUUUUGCGGUCGCAAGCUGAUGCUGAACGAUCAUCUGGACAAAAUUCAAUGUUUGAGCUGUUAAAGAAAUCGAAUUUGAAACCAUUGGGAAUCUCACUUGGUCUUAUGUUCUUCCAACAAUUGAGCGGUAUUAAUGCUGUGAUUUUCUAUACUGUAUCGAUAUUCAAAGAUGCCGGUUCGACAAUUGAUGGAAAUGUUUGUACGAUUAUUGUUGGUAUUGUUAAUUUUGCUGCUACAUUUGUUGCAACAAUGCUUAUUGAUAGGCUGGGUCGUAAGAUCCUUUUGUACAUUUCUGACAUUGCUAUGAUCAUCACUCUAUUUACACUUGGUGGAUUUUUCUAUUGCAAAUCGAAUGGCAUGGAUGUUUCUUCAUACGGUUGGUUGCCAUUGGCUAGUUUUGUUAUCUUUGUUGUUGGUUUCUCACUUGGUUUUGGACCAAUUCCAUGGUUGAUGAUGGGUGAGAUUUUGCCAGCUAAAAUUCGUGGAUCGGCAGCUUCAGUUGCAACAGCUUUCAAUUGGUCGUGUACAUUUGUUGUGACAAAGACUUUCCAGGAUAUGAUUGAUGUAAUUGGAUCAAGUGGUGCCUUUUGGCUCUUCGGCUCAAUUUGUUUUGUAGGUUUGUUCUUUGUGAUAUUCUACGUGCCUGAAACUCAAGGUAAAAGUCUUGAAGAUAUUGAAAGAAAAAUGUGCGGACGAGUGCGGCGAAUGUCAUCAGUGGCGAAUAUUAAACCAUUGUCAUUCAAUAUGUAAUCAAAUCAAAAAGACAAACUACAAACAAACAAAAAACAAGAAUAACACUCCAAGUGCCUGUCAAAAAAAAACAAUUAAAAAACACACACACACAAACAAAACAAAUAAAGUGCCCAGCCAAAAUAACUAACCAAAAA